AUGACCCAUUUGCACAAAUUAAGAACAGCAUCUGUUCUCAAAUGGGUUUCUUCAAAUUUUGAUGAAAACCACCUUAGAUCAGCAAGAACCCCAAUUCAGCCAAUUGGGUCUUUCCCCAAUGGCCAAGCCCUUAGGUUUUACAAAACUAAAAGGUCUCCUGUAACUGAAAGUUGUGAAAACGUGGAUAGAACUUCGACUGGUAAUGGCAAAAUUUCUGGUCGAAUUUCUCGUGCUGUUAAAAAAGAAGCACAAGCUGCAUUAUUGGAUUAUUUGUAUUGUACUAGAAGCUUACAGUUUCUGGAUGCAGAGAAUAUGAGUAAAAACUCUCCACAUUUUCUCAAGAAGCUUAUAAAAAGUGCGGAUAAUGAAAAGAAAAUUGGGCAGACGAUUGCUCGGUUCUUGCGCUACCACCCUAUUAAUGAAUUUGAACCUUUCUUUGAGAGCUUGGGUUUGAAACCUCCCGAGUAUGUUCCUCUUCUUCCUCAAAAAUUGAUAUUUUUGACCGAUGACAAUUUGCUGCUUCAUAAUUAUGGUGUUUUAUGUCAUUACGGGAUUGCACGUAAUAAGAUAGGAAAGAUUUAUACGGAAGCCACUGAAGUCUUUCAAUACAAUGUUGGGGUUUUGUUAUCAAAGCUUCAAGCUUAUGAAGAACUUGGUCUCAGCCAAUCUGCUUUGAUUAAGUUUGUUGUUGCUAGUCCUUAUCUUUUAAUUGGGGAUGCAAAUGCUUCAUUUUUAAAGUUAUUGGGAAAACUUAAGAGUCUUGGAUUCGAAAUCAGUUGGAUUCAGAGGAACUUAUCGGAAGAAAAUUCUUAUAAUUGGAGCCGGAUACUUGAAGUUCUAAGUUUUCUUAGUAAGAUGAGUUGCAGCGACAGAAGGCUGGGUGAAUUAAUUGGCCAGCACCCAGAUAUUUUAUUUGAGGCUUCAGGGGAAAGGACAUUUUCAAUAAUUGGGUUCUUGCUGAAGUUUGGAUUCAGAAUGAGCCAGGUAUCUUCACUGUUUCUGCAGUUUCCCCGAAUUCAAGUUAUGAAAUUUGGUUUGAAUUUGAGGAAAUGUUUUUCUUUCCUGAAUGAGAUCGGAAUGGAGGUUGCAGGGAUUGGGAAGAUCAUCCGUUCUCACCCCCUGCUACUGGGUUCGUGUGCUUUGAAGAAAACUAACACCUUACUUCUUCACUUGAACAUUGGGAAGAAGAGCUUGUGUAGAUACAUCCAGGAGAACCCACAAGAAUUGAAGCACUGGGUUUUGGGCAGAAGACUUAGGCCAUUAGACGGGGGAAGCAACUUUAGAUCAAAGACAGAGAAGGCUAAAUUCUUGUUAGACAUAGGAUUUGUAGAGAACUCAAACAAAAUGAAAGAAGCUGUAAAUAAAUUUCAAGGCAACGGAUAUGAGCUUCAGGAAAGAUUUGAUUGUAUUGUGGAAGCUGGUUUCAAUCCUGAGGACGUCUGCCAAAUGGUUAAAGUAUCACCUGGAAUUCUUAGCCAGUCAAAGGAUGUUAUUGAAAUGAAGAUUGAUUUUCUUGUAAAUCAUUUGUGUUAUCCCUUAUCAACUUUACUCAUCUUCCCAAAAUAUCUUACCCAUGGAACUAAAAGGGUCCAGCAUAGGGUACUUAUGUACAAUUGGCUCAAAGAUCAUGGAACAGAUCCUACAUAUGCCUUGAGCACUGUUGUUUCUUGCUCAGAUAUAUAUUUUCUGAGGAAGUUUGUUAAUCAUCAUCCUAGUGGUCCUCAAGUUUGGGAGGAUUUGAAGAGAAAAAUUUAUUCAAAGCAAUAA